AUGGAUGAUGAUCAGGAUGAUUGUAAAGCAAGAAAAAUGUCAAGGAAAGGAAACAGUAGAGAAAAUUCUAAUAGCAGGAAGAAAUCAAAUGCUAACAAAAAAGAAGGUAGCGAUGCAGACAAUAAACCCUGGCCCCCCAAAAAACUUUUAAAAUUGGAGACUGACCCUUCAAUUCUACAGAGAAGGCAGAAACAAAUUGACUAUGGCAAAAAUACUGUGGGAUAUCACAACUAUGUCACAAAAGUACCCAUUGAUAAGCGAGAAAAAGGAGAUCCAAAGACACCUGAUAAAUUUACUAAAUACAGUAGGAGAUCAUGGGAUACACUUAUAAAAAUGUGGAGAAUAAAGUUGCACGAAUAUGACUCUGACCAUGAAUCAGAUAGUGGUGUUAACGAUAUAGAAGUGGUUGUAGAAGACGAUGAUGAUGAUGAUAGUGACAAAGAUGAUGAAGAAUAA